GCAGAACCAAAUGGCCUAAUUUAGUCUUACUGAAAUGAAAACCCUUAGGUGGCAUUGAAAAACAACCAUAAAUUCUGAACCACAAAGCAAGUCGCAUAGAUUCUGUUUUCAAGUAAACAUCAUGCACGGCCCCAAUUCCCAUUUUGAUUUUGAACAAACCCUAAACCCCAUUCACAAUUUCAUAUUUUGUCCUACCAAAUUAAGCCCUUUCUAGCCCUAUAUAAACCCCUCUGCACUCCCUCUCUUCUGAUCAAUUCAAACUUGGAAAACUUUAGAAAUUUCUAUAUAGCUCCUCUCUAGGCAAAACUUGAGUAAUAUUCAUGGAUAAGCUUGUCCUCCGAGCAUUUCUCCUAGCCCAUUUCUUCAUCUUUCCACUAGGGAACUUUGUGAAUGGUGCUAGUAGUGCUACCAUAACAUCAUGUAGCCAAACCCCGUACCCUGAAGUCUGCAACUAUUUCAUGGGAAAUAGUAUUAAUGUUGCAGCAAGCCUUGAUCAAACCAAAUUCUCUUUCCGUGACCUUGCCAUUCAGGUGACCCUGAACCAAGCAGUUCGAGCUCACCAGCUUGUCUCAGAGAUGGACUUGAGUUCAUUCGAUGGACGAGCCAAGUUGGCUUGGAAUGAUUGCUUGGAACUCUAUGAAGACACCGUUAAGCAUCUUAAUAAAUCAAUGAGCACUAACAAUCCAAUAGAUGCUCAAACCUGGUUAAGUGCUGCAAUUGCCAACCAACAAACCUGCCAAAACGGCUUCAUUGACUUCAACUUGGCCACUCAUUUACAAACCUUACCAUCCAUGUUAGGCAACUUUUCAAAGUUGAUUAGCAAUUCCCUGGCCAUAAAUAAGGCCACUGUUACAUCCUCUUCUACCCAUAGUAACUUUGCUAAACAAGUUGGCAAUCGCCGCCUGCUUGCCCAUGGCUUUCCAUCUUGGCUUUCGGCUGCUGAUCGAAAGCUCUUGCAAAAAACCGGUGCAGCACCAAAAGCUGAUAUUGUGGUGGCUCAAGACGGUUCUGGUAACUUUAAGACCAUAUCCGAGGCAGUGGCAGCAGCUGGUGGGGGCAAAAGAACUGUUAUAUACGUAAAAGCUGGAGUUUACAGGGAAAAUGUGGUUAUUAAGAGGUCAGCUAAAAAUAUAAUGUUAAUUGGGGAUGGAAUUGAAGCCACUGUUAUUACUGGUAACGAGAAUGCUCAAACUACUACAACUUUUCGUUCAGCAACUUUUGGUGUUGCGGGUGAAGGCUUCAUAGCUCGAGACAUGACCUUUGAAAACACGGCCGGACCCCAAAAACACCAAGCAGUAGCCGUCCGGUCCGGCUCCGAUUUCUCAGUCUUCUACCGCUGCAGCUUCAAAGGUUACCAGGAUACCUUAUAUGUCUACUCUCAACGCCAAUUCUAUCGUGACUGUGACAUAUAUGGAACCAUAGACUUCAUAUUUGGUGACGCUGUUGCUGUUUUUCAAAACUGUAACAUCUACAUCCGUAGACCAAUGAGCGGUCAAAAGAACACCGUGACAGCACAAGCAAGAAGCGAUCCCAAUGAGAAUACGGGCACAAUCAUCCACAACUCACGCGUCAUGGCGUCGUCAGAUAUGAGGGCUGUUCAAGGUUCGUUCAAGAGUUAUUUGGGGAGGCCAUGGCAGAAAUAUUCAAGAACUGUGUUCAUGAAGUGUGUUUUGGAUGGAUUGAUAGAUGCGGAAGGUUGGUUACCAUGGAGUGGAGGUUUUGCUUUAAGUACUCUUUACUAUGCUGAGUAUAUGAACACCGGUGCCGGUGCAAGUACUAGUGGAAGGGUGAAAUGGGGUGGAUAUCAUGUCAUAACAGCCGCCGAAGCCGGAAAAUUCACUGUUGGGAAUUUUCUGGCCGGAGAUGCUUGGAUUCCAGGCACCGGCGUACCAUUUGAUGCUGGACUAUGAUAUAUUUUUGAUGGGGUUGAGGUUGAUUCCAGCAUUUUGAAAAUAUGAAUAGGAAAGUGACCCAAAUGUUGAAGAAAUUGUCGUAUAGUUUGUGUUAGUUAAUUACUUGACUUUUAUAUUAAAAUGGAAGUGGCUUUGUAUCAAUGGAAUCUCAUCCUCUGUUCAUAACGAAUUGCUGCUGUAUAUUCACGUUAUCAUAACAU